ACGAUGCGUCUGUUUCUGCUGGCGGUGCUCUUCUGGUGCUCCUGCGCGCGGGCCGGCUGCGAGCCGAAGAUCGUGAACAUCGGGGCCGUGCUGAGCCAGAAGAGGUUCGAGCAGGUCUUCAAAGAUGCGGUGACCCAGGCCAACCAGGUCUACGGCCGGGACAAAUUCAAGCUGAACGCCAUCUCCGUCACUCACAAGCCCAACGCCAUCCAGAUGGCUCUGUCCGUCUGCGAGGACCUCAUCUCCAGUCAGGUCUACGCCAUCCUGGUGAGUCACCCCCCCCAGUCCAAUGACCACCUCACGCCAACGCCUGUCUCCUACACGGCGGGUUUCUACCGUAUCCCCGUGGUGGGACUCACCACCCGCAUGUCCAUCUACUCAGACAAGAGCAUCCACCUGUCCUUCCUGCGGACAGUCCCUCCCUACUCCCACCAGGCCCACGUGUGGUUCGACCUGAUGCGCGAGUUCAACUGGAACCACAUCAUCCUGAUCGUGAGCGACGACCACGAGGGGCGGGCGGCUCAGAAGAGGCUGGAGACCCUGCUGGAGGAGAGGGAGACCAAGAAUAAAAAAAGGAACUAUGAAAACCUCGACCAACUGUCCUAUGACAACAAGCGAGGACCUAAGGCAGAGAAAGUCCUCCAGUUCAGCCAGGAGACUAACUUAACUGCCCUGCUGCUGGAGGCCAAAGAGCUGGAGGCCCGAGUCAUCAUUCUGUCCGCCAGUGAGGAAGACGCUGCUGCGGUGUACAAGGCGGCCCGCUUCCUCAACAUGACCGGCUCUGGCUACGUGUGGCUGGUGGGCGAGCGGGAGAUGUCGGGUAAAGCCCUGAUCGAGGCGCCAGACGGUCUGAUCGGCCUCCAGCUCAUCAACGGCAAGAAUGAGUCGGCCCACAUCAAUGACGCGGUGGCUGUGGUGGCCCAGUCCAUCCAGGAGCUGUUUGAGAAGGAAAACAUCACAGAGCCGCCGAGAGGAUGCGUGGGCAACACCAACAUCUGGAAGACGGGGCCCCUCUUUAAACGGGUCCUGAUGUCAUCCAAAUACCCAGAGGGCCUCACGGGGCGCGUGGAGUUCAACGACGACGGCGACAGGAAGUACGCGCACUACGGAAUCCUCAACUACCAGAAGACCCGACUCGUUCAAGUCGGCAUCUACAACGGAACGCAGGUGGUGAUGAACAAUCAGCGGAAGAUCAUCUGGCCCGGAGGAGAGACGGAGAAACCGCAGGGCUUCCAGAUGUCCACUCGAUUAAAGAUCGUGACGAUCCACCAGGAGCCGUUUGUGUACGUGAAGCCCACCCAGCCGGACGGAACGUGCCACGAGGAGAUGACACUGAAUGGAGUCUUAAUUAAAAAGGUUAUCUGCACUGGGCCCAAUGAGACCAUCCCAGGUCGCCCAAUCGUACCUCAGUGUUGUUACGGAUUCUGCGUCGACCUGCUGAUCAAGCUAGCUAUGACUAUGAACUUCACCUACGAGGUGCAUCUGGUGGCUGAUGGGAAGUUCGGAACUCAGGAGAGGGUGAACAACAGUAACAAGAAAGAGUGGAACGGCAUGAUGGGGGAGCUCCUGGGGGGCCUGGCCGACAUGAUCGUGGCCCCGCUGACUAUAAACAACGAGCGAGCCCAGUACAUCGAGUUCUCCAAACCCUUUAAAUAUCAAGGCCUCACAAUCCUCGUUAAAAAGGAAAUUCCUCGCAGCACACUGGACUCGUUCAUGCAGCCGUUCCAAAGCACGCUGUGGCUGCUGGUGGGUCUAUCGGUACAUGUGGUGGCGGUGAUGCUUUACCUACUAGACCGGUUCAGCCCGUUUGGAAGAUUUAAAGUGAACAGUGAAGAAGAAGAAGAGGACGCCCUCACCUUGUCAUCCGCUAUGUGGUUCUCCUGGGGAGUGUUGCUGAACUCCGGAAUAGGAGAAGGUGCGCCGCGCAGCUUCUCAGCGAGAAUCCUGGGUAUGGUGUGGGCCGGCUUUGCUAUGAUCAUUGUGGCCUCUUAUACUGCCAACCUGGCUGCCUUCCUGGUGUUGGACCGGCCUGAGGAGCGCAUCACCGGCAUCAAUGACCCAAGGCUGAGAAACCCAUCAGACAAAUUCAUCUACGCCACGGUGAAGCAGAGCUCCGUGGACAUCUACUUCCGGCGGCAGGUGGAGCUUAGCACCAUGUACCGCCACAUGGAGAAGCACAACUAUGAGAGUGCCGCCGAAGCCAUCCAGGCCGUGCGUGACAACAAGCUGCAUGCUUUCAUCUGGGACUCUGCGGUGCUGGAGUUUGAAGCCUCGCAGAAGUGCGACCUGGUGACCACGGGAGAGCUGUUUUUCCGCUCGGGCUUUGGCAUAGGCAUGCGCAAGGACAGCCCCUGGAAACAGAAUGUGUCCCUGGCCAUUCUCAGUUCUCAUGAGAACGGCUUCAUGGAAGACCUAGAUAAAACCUGGGUGAGAUACCAGGAGUGUGACUCGAGGAGCAAUGCCCCAGCCACACUCACCUUUGAAAACAUGGCAGGUGUCUUCAUGCUGGUGGCUGGAGGCAUAGCCGCCGGGAUCUUCCUCAUUUUCAUUGAAAUCGCCUACAAACGGCAUAAAGACGCCCGCAGGAAGCAGAUGCAGCUGGCCUUUGCGGCCGUCAAUGUUUGGAGGAAGAACCUGCAGGAUAGGAAAAGUGGUAGAGCAGAGCCCGACCCCCAAAAGAAAGCCUCUUUUAGGUCCAUCAGUACCAACCUGGCCUCCAGCAUCAAGAGACGUAGGUCCUCCAAAGACACGCAGUACCCACCCACUGACAUCACGGGCCAACUCAACUUGUCGGACCCGUCUGUCAGCACCGUGGUGUAGGAGCGAGGGAGCCACCGAGGUCCGCUCCCCCCCCCCCGAGGAGAGAGGAAACCAGACGAGGAAGGAGGAAGGAGGCGGGAGAGGAGGAGACCUUUUCCCCCUGUUCCCUUCAAAAGGCCAAAAGCUUUUCUUUUUCACCACCUGCUGGAGAAGAGGCUGAAAAAUGAAUUUGCACCUUUGUUUUUUUUAUUCUUUAGAUAGAUCCCUGAGCAUGCACUGACGAACCCAUCGGACUCAUUUACAACUCUUCUGUAUAUUAUCCGCCCACUUAUUUAACCUUGUUUCCGUCCUUUUACUCACAGAUUUACUUAAUGUUGGGUGUUUCUCUAAGUUCCUCUGCAGCUGUAUAGCAUUUAGCAAGCCAGGUUCAGUUUGGUUUACGUUUAGGGAUUCAAACCAGUACUGUUCUCUACAUAUCACUUCUAAUUAGGGCCUGGAUACCAAUAGUAAUAUUUAAUAUUUCUUAACAACAUGUACUGCAAUAGAAGGCGGACUGUAUAAGCUUCAAAGUAUUUUUUAAUAAGUACUUGUGUUUUUAAUCUACACUUUUAGACGAGGAUGGGAAACACUUAUAAUGGCACUAACAAAGAGAAUAUGACUAAUCUUGUCUAAUGGAAGCAUGUGUGUGCUUGUAUAAGAGCUUUAUGUAUCUGAAUGAGGAUAUCGAUGUGUGUUAUUUUCAACAUAUAGAAUUUGUUUCUCGUAUUUAAUCUUGCACCAAUCUCCCAAAACGCAUGUGUUCUUUUUUUCUGGCAGGAACUCGGCUGAUUAGCUUUAAUUCUAUUUAUAGCAGGUGAAGUUUCAUCAUUCGUCUGUUGAAGACGUUACGUAAGGCUUCUGUGUUUUCUUUUCUUUCGUUUUUUUUUUUUGUUUAAGUCCGAAAUAGUUUGACAUGCAGCUACAAGCCACGUUGUGUUUGGGGACGCCCUCUCUCUUCCUCUCUCCUGCCGCAGCACACUUUCUCAUUUCCAGUCUCUAAAGGGGUUGCAUCAGGGGGCCAGGUUU